UGUAUAAUUUAUUAUUAUUAUUUUUUUUUUUAAAACAAUGCAUCAUUUCAGUUGUCAUAAAGGGAAGCACAGAUGUGGCGUGUAACUAACAAUGUCGCUUUUAAAUAUGGGUGUCCCUGCAGUGUGCUAUGACACUGACAGCAGUCGAGCACACCUGUGCUUUUCGCUGUGUGACCUUUCCAAAUGUCCCCUUGCACUCAUACAGACACACACACUACACAUGUAAAACAUGAUACAGCCAGUAUUUGUAGCCUAUAUAAAUCUAAAUUUGGCUACAAGAUGAAUUCCCCUACUGGAAUUUUGCUUGCAGGUUCAAACUGACAUUCAAAAUAAAGCAGUCAUGAAUGAUCCAAAUAAAUUGGGAGAAUUUUUUUUUUUUUAAUAAUUGUAAUUAAAUCAAAACAAUUUCAAAUUAAAUAAAUGCAGUGAGGUAAGGACACGCAUGUUUUUGUGUGUGACCUGUUUCAUACAUAUGAGGCAAUUCAAUGUCCUUUAUACAAACACGAAGUACCCCAAUAUUCUAUAUACAUAUAGCUUAGGUGUUUUAUUAAAGUCAUAUUAUAAACUUAAUUGUCAUAUUAUAAACUUAAUUGUAUAACUAUUACUUUGAUUUAAAAAGGAGUGGAUAUGAGUCAAAUCUAAACAUUAAUAAAAAUAAGUACAAAAAAGACAAAGGCUGAAGCUAACAAAAAAGUUGCUUCAGCUUGUUGUGCCUACACAAUUUCCAAAACACAAUUUCAUCACAACGCGGUCAAACUAACACAACAAAAAGAUUCAAUAACUAAAAUUUUUUUUUUAAUUGGUACUUUUGCUUUAAACAUGUUUUCAAGCAAAGAAAGUGAAUUACACCUUUUCCAAUUCAUUUUCAGUCACUCCACAAAUUAACACUUCUAACGUCUAAAUGUCUGAUUUAUAUUUGCUUUUUUUAUUGUUUUAAAGUAUUUAUUUACUACAUCGUACUGAGAGAUGUUGCAAAUAUUUGCAUCUAGAUUUCAACUGCGUUCUUACCUCUUAUACACUGUGCAGGUUUGCCUAAUAUUUUGCCCAGCAUGGCUGUGUGUGUUCUCUGUAGCUGACUCUUAAUAAACCUUAAAGGUCACCAUUACGUCUUUACUAGCUGUAGAUUAAAGUAGAGAACGUAUGAAUGUGCGCAAACGUCAUCCUCCUCCGACAUUGCCCGCAACUCCCGACCUCCACAAACACGUUCUGCCUCCUAACAAGAGGGGGAAACGCCUCUGACCACCUCCAGCCAACAGAGGGCGCUCAUCGUACAAACACCGCCUCACUUCAACUCUUCAAAAAGCCACAAUGUAAUAAACAACAUUUGCACAUUUCACGUUUUAUUUUGUUUUUGGGGCACAGUUUUCGUUCCUCGGGCUGUUGUGGGGCACUUCUAUGGUGAUGGUGGCUACUUGGGUGGAGUUACGUAUCCGUGUCACACACUUUGACAAGUGGGCAACAAACUUAACAGAAUAUGCAUUCGGCCCAGAAAGACACCACCUUCACCAAGAUCUUCGUGGGAGGUCUCCCCUACCACACCACCGACUCAAGUCUCAGGAAGUACUUCGAGGUGUUCGGGGACAUCGAGGAGGCUGUGGUCAUCACAGACCGCCAGACGGGCAAGUCCAGAGGUUAUGGAUUUGUGACCAUGGCAGACCGGGCCUCCGCUGACCGAGCCUGCAAGGACCCCAACCCCAUUAUAGAUGGCAGGAAGGCCAAUGUGAACCUGGCCUACCUGGGAGCCAAGCCCAGGGUCAUACAGCCAGGCUUUGCAUUUGGCAUGCCUCAGAUCCAUCCAGCGUUCAUCCAAAGGCCUUAUGGGAUCCCGGCUCACUAUGUCUACCCUCAGGCCUUCGUCCAGCCCAGUAUGGUGAUCCCUCACGUACAACCCUCGAGCGCCACGGCAACAGCUGCCGCGGCCGCCACAUCGCCGUACCUGGAUUACACCGGAGCUGCCUACGCUCAGUACUCCGCCGCAGCUGCCACCGCUGCCGCAGCAGCUGCCGCCGCCUAUGAGCAAUAUCCGUACGCGGCCUCCCCGGCCCCCACGGGCUACAUGACCGCAGCCGGCUACGGCUACACGGUCCAACAGCCGCUCGCCGCCGCUGCCACCCCGGGGGCCGCGGCCGCCGCUGCCGCCUUCAGCCAGUAUCAGCCUCAGCAGCUGCAGACGGAUCGCAUGCAGUGAAAAGAAAAUGGCGUAGUUGAGACGCGGUUGAGAGGUCACCACCUCAUGCGAGUGGGGUUACGUUACUGUACAAUGAGGGUUGUCCGCACAAGCUUUUAACUUGAAAAGUGAAGAAAAUCACAGGAUGUGCAAACAAACACUGUAUUUUAUUCAAAUUAGAUCAGUAUUUUGUUCAUUAUUUAAUAUUUAUACAUCAGCAAAAAGAUUGAAUGUUAACCUAAAGCAGACAAACUGAACCUCAUGACUAAUGUUUGUAUAUAUUUAUUGUAAGUGUUCCCAAGCGCAAUCUUGUCUUAUGAUCAGGUGUCUUCCCCGCUACUUUAUAAACCAAAAUACGUGCAUGAAUAUGAGUGAGUCACUCAUGGUGCAUUUUUCAGUAUUUGUAUCAGCCGAAUCUAUGCAGACAUCUCCCUCUCGUUUCCCUUUAAAUAUGUACACUACAAAAAAAAAAAAAAAAGGGAUAUUGGGCUCUUGGGAGAAAUUUCAGCUUGAACCUGAAAUGUUCUAACUUUAACAGGUGAUCUUAAUUUGACCAUCUCUAAAUUGGAAUGCACAUGAAUUGACCAAUAUAUGCCUUGGUUCAAAGAGAGUUGGUAUUUUUUUCAUCAUGCUGUUAAAAUUUGACAGUACCGAAGACAACACCUAACGAUUGAUCAACAGUACUUUGCCAUUGCAAUGCUUCAAACAGGACGUUCUCAGCUUAGCGUGUCAUUAGCAGGUUGCAACAGAGUCAGAGAGACUGGAAGAGUCACUAAGUCAUAAAAGUGGACGUUGCAAGUUUUAAUCGAUCAGACACCCGUUGUGAAUUUUGCCGUUUAGCAAGUUGUGCAAAAUCCACUGAAGCACUGAACAGUUGGAAAUGUGCGUUCAAAAGUUUAGAGAAGGACAAAUUAAGUUCACAUGUAAAGGUGCAUUUUAGGUUCAUCCUGAAAUUUCACCCCAAAGCUUACUUGGUGAGUACUGUACAAUAGCUGAGGCUGAUGUUGGAAAAAAAGCACUCACCUUCCUCAUUGAAAUGCAAAUCAACCAAGCUCAGAAAAAAAAUUCUAAUAAUGUGAAUCUUUCAUUUUGUUUCCUAAUGUGCCUUUUAAAUUAUGCUAUUUAUGUAUUUAUUAUGGAAGCUUACAAUAAUAAACAUAUUUUUUUUAAGUUAGGUUUUUUUUUUUAGUGUGGUCCACUACAAAGUUCAUCACGAGCGCCGUGAAUGUUUAAAACACGGUUUAACAAAGCGCUACACUUUUUCUAUAAAGAACAAAAAUAUGAUUGGAACAGUAGCAAUAUUGUAGAUUUGUAAUGUUUGUCUCGUAGACUUAAAUGUUGCCUCACACACAUAUAUAUAUAUGUGUGCGUGUUAUCUGAAUGUGAAGUGCAAAGAUAUUUUGCCUUGCAUUUUACAAUAUAUUAUUCAAAAAAGUAAGUACCAUAGAAAAUGUGUAUGUGAAAUAAAAGGAAAUCUACCAAUGUUAA